AUGGCUUCAAAAGGUUAUGAUCGAUUCUUAUCGUUUUUACUAUGCUCAUUAUUGAUCCUGCCCAUUUCAUCAUUUGACGAUAACGUUAAGUCAGUUAAUGUAGCAUUAGUAUCGAAAUGGCCGUCGACGCCGUUGCUCUUGGAAGUCAGCGAAUUUAUGUCCAAGCAAGGUGGUCAAACAUUCUGGUCGUUUGUUAAUUCCAUCAAUAAAUUACCAGAUAAUUCAUCCGAUUUAGAUACGUACAACUUUGUCAUGAAAAAAGGCCAAGAUUUAUUACAACCCUUGACAUUGGAUGUUUUGAAACUUUCCUUAUCAUUGAGAUCGUAUUCACCUCGUGUUGAAAUGUUUUUGCAAAUAAGUCGAUACUUCAAAGAUAAACCAAAAUGUGCUGCUUUUGCGCAAUUAAACGGAAAGUUUAUAUGUACAACGAAGGAGUUGGAAGCAGAGUUAAAAUCGUCAGGAUUGCAUUCGGAACCGGAACUCUAUACAUUUGAUCAUAUUUAUCCAACUUCGGCGCAAGCCAGUGACCUUCCUGUCGCUAUUCUGUAUGGUCAACUAGGCGAAAAUCAUUGUAGGGAAUUGCAUUCGUUUCUUUACAAAAGAGCCAAGGAUGGCCAAAUCAAAUACGUAUUUAGACACUUUGUUGUGAAUGAAGAUCAAGAGAGAUUAUCACUAUCCGGUUAUGGUGUUGAACUAGAUAUUAAGAGUACUGAGUAUAAGGCUGAGGAUGAUACAAAAGUAGAUGAAGCUAAUGUCGAUAACCUUGGAUCGACCCAAGAAAGCUCUGAUGAUGAAGUAGAUGGCUUUCUAUUUCAUACCUUAAGGAAGAAAUACCCGCAAAAGUUGAAAGAGUUAGGGCAAUUUAAGAAACAUCUACUUGAUGAUCGAAAUGAAGUAGCCCCUUUAAAAGUCUGGCAAUUACAGAAUCUAGGUUUUCAAGCUGCUCAACGUGUUUUGUCAGCUGGUAAUGAUGCUCUAACAACCCUUCGUGACAUAAGUCAAAACUUGCCAACAUUUGCAAGACCGACUAUCAAAUUUCAAGUACGUAACGAAGUUCGGAAAGAAAUUAAGGCAAAUCAAAAAAUAUUUUCUGCAGAACUCGGUCUAGACGCUGGCCAAUCUGCAAUGUAUUUUAAUGGUGUACCUUUUGCUUUGGGAGAAAUGACCAUAUAUGAUCUCUUAGAAAUUAUAGAAGAAGACUCCAAUGUUGUCAGCAAUUUACAAAAAUUAGGAAUCGCGAAAGAAGAUCAACAGCACUUUAUUAAGUUAGCUGCUAAAUCGACCUUUAGUUCCCGCGUUAUUGAUAUGAGAGAUAAUUCAGUUAUUUACAUUAAUAAUAUCGAAACGGAUCAAGAUUACUUUCGUUGGCCUUCAAGCGUUCAAGAACUACUACGACCCGCUUUUCCCGGUAUGCUGCGAUAUGUCCGAAAGAAUUUAUACCAUGUCGUCUUUUGUAUCGAUCCAGUUGAGUCACAAAGCGUUGAAGUCAUACAAAUGCUGGAUUUAUUCCAUCGUAAUUACGUACCAAUGCGACUGGGUAUUCUAUUUGUGUCAGCUAAUAAAAAUAAAAACGUAGACGGCACUGUCGAUGCUUCAGUAGGAAUUGUUCGAGCGUUUUCUUAUAUUCAGGAAUCUAAGGGUGCUCAGGCAGCCCUAAGAUGGCUCACACAGCUGUAUGGAAAUAGCAUUCCGUCAGCUAAGCAAGUUGUCGAGAAAUUUAAAAGUUGGUUUGGUGGCACUUUAGUAAAUAAAGUCUUAAAAAAUGGUGGAACGUAUGACAAUUUAAGAUUGGAGAGCAGUUCUUUUUUUGAUAGUAUUGGAAUACGAAAACUACCACAAGUAAUCGUGAACGGUGUACAAUUAACAGAUCUACAUGACAUAGAAGGGGGUAUCGUUGGAGAGUAUCAUAAUCAGAUGCCAAAAUUACAGGAAUAUGUUCAAGCGGGAAAAAUCUCAGAUUCUACAAAUAUUUAUGAUUACCUUAUGUCACAACCACAUGUUAUACCAAGAUAUAGUUAUCAAGUUUUCAGAGACAAUUUACAUUAUAUAAAGGGAUUGAGCCGUUACACAGAAGAAUCAAAAGCAGAUGAAGUUGAAGGCACCUCAGCAGCUGCCUCCGUUAUCAAAUCAGUAAAUUAUGUGAUUUCUUCAAAAGAUUCUUUAAAGGUUCGGCCAUUAACUUUUUGGGUUGUAGUGGAUUUAUUUACCUCAUCCGGCAAGCAGCUACUGCUGCAGGCUUUACAGUAUCUGUCAUCUUCCGAAAAAGCAAGAGUUGGCGUAAUUCACAACACUAAGAGCUCUUCCGUUUUGGAUGGAAAAAGGCAUUCUUUAAUUGAAUUAUACGAGGCCUUAGUACAAGUUGACAACUUCGCUGAGAUUUCUUCAGUUAAAUCGUUGUUGUCGCACUUCGUAGAGAAACAGAUUGACUCUAUAUCGAGCUUAGAUGAAAUUCGAAAUGUAAAUGUAAAUGACUUAAAGUCAGCCUUAAGUGAAGAAGCAUUUCAGAAGUCCGUUUAUAGGAAAGUACAGAAAGGUUUGGAGUUUUGUCAAUCUUUUAUUAACCUCGAGGCUGGGCAAAAUGCGAUUAUUGCUAAUGGAAAGGUUUAUGGUCCUGUCAGUGAUGACGAUCCGUUCGUUGCGAGUGACUUUAGACUAGUUGAAACAUUGGAUUGGAGACAUCACCUGAAGAAAAUUUCCAAACUACUAACGAAAUAUCAGCCUGGUGAUACCUUGGAUUCCAUAAGGAUGGUUUCUGACAUGAAUAUGGCUAUUUCUGGUCUUAUUUCUGAUAAUUCGAACUAUGUUCGAACUCAGAUGCCUUCUCUUAAACAUGCUCACAGCGCGGUUACGUUUAGCAACUCUGGGUCUGAGCUAGGUCAUGAGAUUGUCGCGAUUAUAAAUCCGCUAUCGAAAGAUGCUCAAGUUAUGACUCCAAUAAUAAUGAAUUUACUAAAAGCAACUAAAGUGGAUAUUACUGUGUUAAUGAAUCCAGCAUCUAUGCUAUCAGAAAUGCCCUUAAAUAGUUUUUUCCGCUACGUAUUAGAGCCAGAACUCAAAUUUAGUAAAGAAGGAAGAUUGAUAAGCAAACCGGUAGCUCAAUUUACGAAAAUUCCGGAAUCCUUACUACUUACCUUAAAUAUGAAGACACCUGAAUCAUGGAUGGUCGAAUCAAUGAUUUCCGUAUAUGAUUUAGAUAAUAUUCGCCUAGAUCAGCUCAACCAGGGUGUUAAAGCAUUGUAUGCUCUAGAGUAUAUACUACUUGAAGGCCAUUGCUUUGAUAGCGUUACCAGUGAACCACCCCGUGGACUUCAAUUUGUCAUGGGCACGGAUACCGAUCCAGCUAUGGUGGAUACCAUCGUCAUGGCAAAUUUGGGAUACUUCCAAAUGAAAGCAAAUCCAGGGCUUUGGAAGUUACAGCUAAGACCUGGAAGAUCUGAAAAUUUAUAUAAAAUUGACAGUCAUGAUGGAGAAAUCGGCAAGUCUACUGAUUCUAUCGCAAUUUCUAUCGAAAACUUUAAAGGCAAAAUUAUACAAGUCAAGGUAGGAAAAAAGCCUGGAAAAGAACGCGAGAGUUUGCUGUCGGAUGUACCUGCAGGAAGGGAACAGCCUGGAAUUUGGGAUUCGAUAUCGAACUUUGUUGGUAGUGGUACUUCUCAAGAGGGUAUUGAGACGGAAUUUAACGAAACCAUCAACAUAUUUACGGUUGCUUCAGGCCAUUUAUACGAACGAUUUCUUAGGAUAAUGAUGCUUAGCGUCUUGAAGCAUACCAAGAAUCCCGUUAAAUUUUGGUUUCUUAAGAACUUUCUUUCUCCCAAUUUUAAGGAUUCAAUCCCUGUUAUGGCAAAGAACUAUAAUUUUGGCUAUGAAUAUGUUCAAUACAAGUGGCCCAGAUGGCUUCGUCAGCAGACGGAAAAACAACGUGUGAUUUGGGGAUACAAAAUUCUUUUCUUGGAUGUACUCUUCCCUCUUGGUAUAAAGAAAAUUAUCUUUGUUGAUGCAGAUCAGAUCGUUCGAACAGACUUGAAAGAGUUAAUGGAUUUAGAUUUAGAAGGCGCUCCAUAUGCUUAUACUCCCUUUUGUGAUAGUCGCAAAGAAAUGGAUGGAUUCAGUGCUUUAUAUGUUGUGGACUUGAAACGUUUCCGAUUACUUGCUGCCGGUGACAGACUCCGCGGCCAAUAUCAGGGUUUGAGUGCUGAUCCUAACAGCUUAGCAAACUUAGAUCAGGACUUACCAAAUAAUAUGAUUCACCAAGUACCCAUUAAGUCUUUACCGCAAGACUGGCUAUGGUGCGAGACGUGGUGUUCCGAUGGAUCGAAAGCUACUGCCAAGACUAUUGAUAUGUGUAAUAAUCCGCUGACGAAAGAGCCGAAGUUAGAUCGAGCUAUUCGUAUUGCCGAAGAAUGGAAAGAUUACGAUAAGGAGAUAAAAUCGGUUUUAGAAGAGUACAAAAACGCGGAAAGCAAAAGCUCGAGUGCUGGUGAUGACCAUAAAAGUAGUGAUAAAAAUCCGAUAUAG